CUCAGUUUUAGUAUUUAACCUGUUCUGCUAUUCAUAAAAUAAAAUGUAUAAUUAACUUUUUCUUUAUACAUUCUUCAACAUAAUCCACUUUUUUUUUGCAACUUUUGCUCGGAAUUCUAUGUGCUGAUCAAUCUUUUUCUCUCUGCAAACCAUUGUCACAAGCUCCGCUCUCUCAAUCUCUCUAUCUCUCUAGUUCAAGAUUCUAACUUUGGAGUAAGUAAGUGAGAGAAGCACAAUUCGAGGAAAUGCUUGAGAUUGGAAGCCCUACGAGUCUCUUUUUCCGCUCAAACACUACUUGCAAUGCUCUACUUCGAGAGCUUCAGAAAAUAUGGAUUGAUAUUGGUGAGAGUGAUGCCGAGAAAGACCGGAUGCUAAUGGAAUUGGAGAAGGAAUGUCUAGAAAUCUACAGAAGAAAAGUCGACGAGGCUGCAAAGUCUAAGGCACAGCUUCAUCAAUCAGUUGUAUCAAUUGAAGCUGAAAUUGCUUCUUUAAUGGCUGCUCUUGGAGUCUUAAACAUCCAUUCACCGAUCAAAGCAGAGAAAGAUUCAAAAUCAUUGAAAGAAAAGCUUGCCGCAGUGACGCCUCUGCUUGAGGAUUUGAGAUUGCAAAAGGAUGAAAGAAUGAAGCAAUUUGUCAAUAUAAAGGCACAGAUUGAGAAGAUGAGCAGUGAAAUCUCUGGUUACAGUGACCAAAUCAACAACGCGAUGCUUGAUUCUUUGACACUCGAUGAACAAGACUUGACUCUUCGGAAACUCAACGAGUAUCAAACACGUCUAAGCUCGCUCCAGAAGGAAAAGUCCGAUCGUUUGAACAAGGUGUUGGAUUAUGUGAACGAGGUGCACACUCUAUGCGGUGUUCUUGGAGUUGACUUUGGCCAAACUGUUUGCGAGGUUCAUCCGAGCUUACAUAGGACUAACCAUGAACAGUCUACAAACAUUAGCGAUACCACAUUGGAUGGUCUGCAACACAUGAUUCAAAAGCUGAAAAACGAAAGGACAGUCCGCUUUCAAAAGUUAAAGGAUGUAGUGGAGUCACUUUUCGAGCUAUGGAAUCUGAUGGACACACCUCAAGAAGAAAGAAUGAAAUUCGCAGGAGUCAGUUAUGCUGUAAGAUCAUCUGAAUCUGAUAUCACCGAGCAAAGCAUCCUUUCUACUGAAACAAUUGAACAGGUGUCUGCAGAAGUAGACCGUUUCAAUAAGCUGAAAUCUAGCAGAAUGAAGGAGCUUGUAAUGAAAAGAAGGUCUGAGUUGGAGAACCUUUGCAGAUUGGCUCACAUUGAACCCGACACAAGCACAUCUCUUGAGAAAUCAACUGCUUUGAUCGAUUCUGGAUUAGUGGACCCUUCAGAGCUUCUUGCCAACAUCGAAAUGCAGAUAAACAAAAUCAAAGACGAGGCACAGAGUCGGAAAGAUAUAAUCGAUAGAAUUGACCGCUGGCUAUCUGCAUGCGAAGAGGAAAACUGGCUAGAAGAAUACAAUCAGGAUGAGAACCGGUAUAGUGCUGGAAGAGGUGGGCAUGUAAACCUAAAGCACGCAGAACGAGCUCGGGUUACAGUAAACAAGAUUCCAUCAAUGGUAGACAAUCUCAUCAAGAAAACGCUUUUAUGGGAGGACCAAACACAGAAGUCAUUUCUAUAUGAUGGUGUUCGACUGGUCUCCAUACUUGAAGAUUACAAACUGACAAGGAAACAACAAGAAGAGGAAAAGAAACGAUACCGGGAUCAAAAGAAGAUGCAGGAUCUGAUAAUAAACCGGAGGGAAUCCAUAUAUGGAUCAAAACCAAGUCCAAGAAGAAGCAGCAGCAUUAAAAAGCCCAACGGGUACAAUGGGAAUGUAUCGGUGCCUCCUACGCCUCGAAGAAACUCAGCCGGAGCAACAAAUACCGACAGUAUGACCCCAAGAUCUUACUCGGGUCAUCAUCGUCAAAACGGAUAUUUCAAGGAAGUGAGGGGACUCUCUACAAGUACAGCUCCUCUAAACUUUGUGGCUUUACCAAAGGAAGAUUCUGUCUCUACAUACACUUCGGUUUGCGGCUCUGAACCAGAUUCACCGUUACGAAACUGAGUCUCUCAUAUGGUCCGGUUAACUGUAUAGUUGAAGCAUAUGAUGAACUCGAAAUGGAGGAGUUGGGAAAUAGAGAUGAAUGUAAUCAAAAAGGAGGAGUUACUGAUUCAGAUCAAGUAAUUGUAGACAAAUUAGUGUGUUGGUAUGUGUUUGACUUUUGUGACUGACUUUAGUAUGAUAGACAAGUUGAAAAUUGAUGGAUGUUAUGUUCUUAUAGUA